GUGUCUGUCUGUCCCUAGGCUGAGACACCAUGAAGGAUUGUGUUCUGCUGCUGCUCCUUGCUGCCUUGUGCUCUGCCAAGCCCUUCCGCAGCCCCUCUCACCUGGCCCUGAAAAACAUGAUGCUGAAGGACAUGGAAGACAACGAUGACGACGACGACGAUGACAACUCUGUUUUUCCAACAAAAGAGACAGUCUAUCCAUUUUUCCCAUUCGAUCUGUUUCCAACGUGCCCAUUUGGAUGCCAGUGCUAUUCACGCGUUGUGCACUGUUCUGACCUAGGUUUGACUUCAGUCCCCAGCAACAUUCCGUUUGAUACUCGCCUAAUUGACCUCCAAAAUAAUAAAAUUAAGGAAAUCAAAGAAAAUGACUUCAAAGGACUCACUUCGCUCUAUGCUUUGAUUCUGAACAACAACAAGCUCACAAAGAUUCAUCCAAAAACCUUUCUAACCACAAAAAAGUUGCGAAGGCUCUAUUUGUCCCACAAUCAACUAAAUGAAAUACCACUUAAUCUUCCCAAAUCACUAGCAGAACUCAGAAUUCAUGAUAACAAAGUUAAGAAAAUACAAAAGGACACAUUUAAAGGAAUGAAUGCUUUACAUGUUUUGGAAAUGAGUGCAAACCCUCUUGAUAACAAUGGCAUAGAGCCAGGGGCAUUUGAAGGGGUGACGGUGUUCCACAUCAGAAUUGCAGAAGCAAAGCUAACCUCGAUUCCUAAAGAUCUGCCAUCAACUUUAUUGGAGCUCCAUUUAGACUACAAUAAAAUUUCAACUGUGGAACUUGAAGAUUUUAAACGCUACAAAGAACUGCAAAGGCUGGGCCUAGGAAAUAACAGAAUCUCGGACAUCGAAAAUGGAAGCUUUGCUAAUAUACCACGUGUCAGGGAAAUACACUUGGAAAAAAAUAAACUAAAGAAAAUUCCUUCAGGAUUACAAGAGUUGAAAUAUCUCCAGGUAAUCUUCCUUAAUUCUAAUUCAAUCACUAAAGUGGGAGUGAAUGACUUCUGUCCAACAGUGCCAAAGAUGAAGAAAUCUUUGUACAGUGCAAUCAGCUUAUCCAACAAUCCGGUAAAUCCCAGGGAAAUACAACCUGCAACAUUUCGUUGUGUCUUGAACCGAAUGAGUGUUCAGCUUGGAAACUUCAGAAAGUAAUAAUUAUUCAUGUCCAUUCAGCACAAAAUUCAAAACCUACAUUUUGAAUACUUGAACUCUAUUAAUAAUUGUGGUAUUUUAUACACAAGCUAAAGUCUGUUCCAAGUGGCAAGUCCACUGAUGUGUUAUGACAAAAAAUUUCAACAAAAUUUUGCCAAAUCAUUGAUAACAUAAGGGUGAAGAGAAACAAGUAUUUACUACAGUUUCUUCUUACAUACAAGCGAUUUUGCGUAAAUCUUUUGUCUUGAACAUUCCUUUCUCAGUAGGAAAAAGAGGACAUUCAGUAUUUAACUCUUUUUAUCAUGUGCAUUUUUACACUUGAUGUAAGCCAAAAAGGCCGAGAAGUAAUAUUACGUGCAUUUUUAAAAGAAUUGUACUGUAAAUGGAAUGCCUGACUUAGCAACAUUUGUGCUUUUUCAUUUACUGCUAGAAAAAAAAAAUGGACAUGGACCGUUAUUUGAAGAGUACAUCAUGCUAGUCUUACUAUUCUUUAAUAACUUUAGUACUGUAAUAUUUCUGAUAAUGUUAAUUAUGGUUUGAUAUAAUCACAUUGAAAUUCUCAUGUCUUUAGAGCCUUGUUAAAGCUAACUUCUUAUAAUAAAAUCUACAGUAUAUGCUCAGUACCAACUGAACAGAUGCUAUUCAUUACAAACUAAUUUUUAGGCUAUGAUUUUCUUUUUUAAUUAUGUUUACCUAGCUAUAAAACCCCUGUAAAAAUGUGUAGUGGAUGUUUAUAUAAAGAAUUUAACUCUUAUUUUAAAUUUUCAGUUAUUAUAAGCUUUUAACAGCAUGUCAAUUGUUAAAAUUAUAUAACAUUUUCACCUCAACUCUAAGCAAUAUUGUCAGGAUAUCCCUGGAUGACUUUCUUGGAAGACAAAAUCAAUUCCAAACCGAAGUGUAUCCUAUAUAUGCAUAGAAAAGGUAAUUUUGAAAACCACAUGAUUAGGACAGCAUCUUAUAAAACAGGAAAGUCUGAAAUAAGUAAAAUUAGAAAAUAAAGAGAUUACAAAAAUUGG